AUGCAUUCCGACGACAGAAACCCCCCUCUUCUGAGCGAGACCGAUCCGCUCCUGGGCCGUCGCGCCGAGCUCACAUCCACGACCGCAGAGCACCAAGCAAGCAUUGCCGCCGCCUCCGACGAUGACGGCCUCACCAACCACCGCUGCCGGCUCGAGCGUCAGCUCUACACCUCCCACGCGCUGUCUGCCUGGAACGCACGCCUCUUCGAGUUCGGCGCCGUGCUCUUCCUCGCCUCCAUCUUCCCGGACACGCUGCGGCCCAUGUCCGUGUACGCGCUCGCGCGGGGCCUCGCCGCCGUCGCCCUCGCGCACCCGGUCGGCGCCUGGAUCGACCGCGGGGACCGCCUCGCCGUCGUCCGCACCUCGAUAGUCGCCCAGCGGCUUCCGGUGGCCGCGAGCUGCGGCCUCUUGUGGCUGCUCGAGCGCGACGCGGGGAGGAUGGAGGCGGCGCGGGUGAAUGGGCUGCUGGCGCUGCUAUGCGUGCUGGCGGGCGUGGAAAAGGUGGCGGCGACGGCGAACACGAUUGCCGUGGAGCGCGACUGGGUGGUUGUGAUGACGAGGGAUGACGAUGCGUGGCGGCGAGCGAUGAACGCGAGGAUGCGCCGGAUCGAUUUACUCUGCAAGCUUCUGGGGCCGCUCGCCAUAUCCAUUAUUGCGACAAUCUCGACCCGAGUCGCGAUUGCGGCUACGCUGGCCAUGAACGUGGCAGCGGUGCUCGUUGAAUAUGGGUGCAUUGCCAAGGUCUACAAAAGCGUGGCUGCAUUGCAGAACAAUAACCCGAGCCCUCCCACGACGCAGCAAGCCAGCGCAUCGUCAUCAUCCUCUGUCACCGCCCGCAUCACGGCAUUCAUCACCGCCGUCGUCCCCGUCGCCUCCUUCGCCGACUACUUUCGCCACUCCGCCUUCCUCCCGUCCUUCUCGCUCGCGCUACUCUACCUCACCGUGCUCUCCUUCUCCGGGCAGCUCAUCACCUUUCUGCUGUCCGUCGGCCUCACGCCGCUGCACGUAGGCGUCGCCCGGACCGGCAGCACCGCCGUCGAGCUCGGCGCCACGUGGGCGGCGCCGCGGCUCAUGCGCUACAUGGGUCCCGUCCGCGGCGGCAUCUGGAGCCUCAGCUGGCAGAUGGUCUGCCUGACGCUCGGGCUGGCCGCCUUCCUUCGCGACGGCUGGGGGAGUGAGGCGGACCACGCGUGGACGUCAAUCGUCGCCCUCAUCGUGUGCAUUGCGCUGAGCCGGCUCGGUCUGUGGGGGUAUGACCUGUGCGCGCAAACGAUUGUGCAAGAGGAAGUCCAAGACGGCAACCGAGGCGCAUUCUCGAGCGUUGAAGCAUCCUUUCAAAACCUGUUUGAGCUGCUCUCGUUUGCGACUACGAUUGCAUUCUCCCGCCCGGAACAAUUUCAGUGGCCGCUCAUCAUUAGCAUUGCUGCGGUAUACAUCGCCGGCGGGUUGUACGCAUUCUUCGUCCGCCGCCGUCGUGGGCACUUGUUUCAUCCACCGGCCUGCCUCAAAGUCGAAGUAGAAAACUGA